AUGGAGCGCCCUGACAAGCGAAAGACGCCGCCAGAGGUUGAAGAUUCCACUCAAGGUAAGUUCCAGAACCCGCGGCUCAGCCCCAGUAUUUUGGAGCCCAGCCAGUCCCUUCCCAAGCGCCCACGCACCACCGCCUACAUCUCCACCACUUCGACCGCGGCAUUCAUGCCACUGCCAGCGCUGCCGCCGCGCACAAUCUCUACAAUCCCCAGCCAAACCGCCAUCGCCAGCAUCCCGCGGCCCGCCUCUCUCCCCGCGCGUCCAUCCACCAUCGUCCCUCCCCACAACCAACAACUCCCUGCAAGCCAGGUCCCAAGCCAACUCCCAAGCAACGGCGUCAUCCCGCUCCCGCCGUCCCAGCGCCUCAUCCCCCGCAACAGCGACAGCGACGACGCGCGCCCCGCCUUCCCGGAGUUCCACGCCGACAAGCUCUCCAUCCGCGACAUCGUGCCGGGGCUCCUCGCGCACCUGCCCUGGAACGGAGCCAGCUGGUCGCGGCACCCGGUGCUGGUGCUAUCCUUCCACCCGGCGACGGGCUACGCCAACUGCCUGAAGGCGACAUCGUUCCAGGACCGGCCCGGCGCCAUCGCGGCCAAGGUCGCCGAGUUCGAGACGCAGGAAGAUAGAGACAGGUUCCUCGCCGGCUUCGUGCUGGUCGAGGACGCCGCCGGGACGCCGCCGCAUAAUAGUUAUCCCGUGCUGAGGUUGGAGGAGGGCUGGUUGGUUAAGACGACGUAUGUGGAUGUGAGGAGGGGGUCGAUGGAGUGCGUGCACUUUUCUGAGUUGAGGAGGUUGAGGAGUGGGGGGGUUUUCUUGACGCCCAGGGUUAGGAGGGCGGAUGUCGAGGCGUUGAGGCUGGAUUUGGCUAAUGGGAGGUAUGCUUGA